CUUAAUUAAAAUAAGGAAUGAUGAAAAAGAUUACGAAAUAAAGCGAGAAAUUCAACGCCCAUCUUAAAUCUCAGGAAUCAGAAUACGAUGACAUAUUUCAAGAUUAAAAAACAGAACAAUAACACCAACCUGUAAUCUAGAAGGAAUAACAAAGAAAAACUAAUAUUCGCAUUGUCUUCACUAGAAAACCUGCUCAACAACAAGAACAGUAGAUUAUACCUCCGUAACGAAUAUCUGUAGCCAAAAGAUCUUGGCAUAAAGAAUUGGAUAAUUUAAUCAAUCCCUCAGAAAUGAAGAAUGGGAAAUUCUCUCAAGAAGAAAAGGAAUCCAUCAUGCAAAUAGUACGUAAUUACCAAGUUUAAAAUAAUCUGACAGAUCAAUAAUUGAAAGAUUAUAUUGAAUUGAAGACUUUGGGCCAUUCCAAAAUUUGGCUCGAAAUUACAAAAUUUAUACCUACAAGGACAGUUGAUUCAGUGUACAAAUUGAUUCGACGUAGUUUGGAUAGCAAGAAUAGACAUGGAUAUUGGAAUAAGGAGGAAGAAGCUGAAUUGCUAAAAUGCAUAUAAUAAUAUGGUAGGAAAUGGAGAGAAAUUAGUAAACAUCUUAAUCGAACACCCGAUAAUAUUCGGAAUAAGUAUAUCCAAAUUGGAGAACACAAUCAUUUGUUUAGAAAUAAAUCAUUUUGGACAAUUGAAGAGUUCCUCAUUCUCAUGAACAGUGUCCAUGCUUUAAGUGGUUAUCCUAUCUUACUUCCCAAUUAUGAUUAAACUCUUCAAUAAAAAUUGGGAGAAGACUUCCAGAAUGUUAAAUUUAGACUUAAUUAUAGAAAAAUGAAGGCAGAUGAUAAAGAAAUAUUUGAAUUACUCAAGUCAAUAGUUAAUAUACCUUCCAAAAUCGGUGUGACUAUUAAAUGGACAGAAAUAUCCUCUGAAAUUAAGACUAAAACAAAGGAUGAUAUAAGACAAAUGUGGUAUAAAUUGAAUGGGACGUUGUUAUGAUUC